AUGUUGUGCGCCAUUUCAGGGGAGGCCCCUGAGGAGCCCGUCGUCUCCAAAAAGACAGGUAGCAUUGUUCCCGUCCUGAAGGGCCAAUUGCAUUUCCAGCAGACUGACUUUGGCCUCCGGGGCCCUCGACCAGGUACCGUCUACGAGAAGCGACUGAUCGAGAAAUACAUCGAAGAGCAUGGAAAAGAGCCCGGCACCGAGGACGAGCUCGACAUCGAGGAUCUGUUGCCAGUCAAGACUGCUCGCAUCGUGCGACCGCGGCCGCCGACCCUGACCUCCAUUCCGGCCCUGCUGGCUGCCUUCCAGAACGAGUGGGACGCACUGGCUCUCGAGACGUACAACCUGCAGGAACAGCUGGCGCGGACCCGGGAGGAGCUUGCCACUGCGCUGUACCAGCAUGAUGCCGCCGUGCGCGUGAUUGCCCGCCUCACCAAGGAGCGAGACGAGGCGCGCGACUCGCUGUCCAAGGUCACCGUGUCUGGUGGCACUGCUGCCAACGGCGAUGCUAUGGCCAUCGACAACGAGGGCUUGCCAGAGGACCUGGCCAACAAGGUGGACGAGACACAUCAGAGCCUCUCCAAGUCGCGCAAGAAGAGACCGGUGCCCGAGGGCUGGGUAUCCGCCGACGAGAUCGCUGCCUUUGACAAGGUUGCUUCCGAGGACAGCCCCGUCCAGCAGGCGUCCUCAAUCGGCCUCGAGGGUGAUUAUGCCGCGAUCAGCGGUCUGCAGGGCGACGUAGCCAUCUUCUCGGUCGAGGCAGCCAAGGUGGAGCGGUCGCUCAAGGUCAAUGAGCCCAUCACCGACACUCUGUGGACUGGUAGCCGGGUCAUUUUUGCCACAUCCAAGGGCUCGGUCAAGAUCUACGAGAACGGCAGCGAGAUUGCCUCCUUUUCUGAACAUGCCGGCCCCGCGACGGGACUGGCACUGCACCCGUGCGGCGACCUUCUUGCCUCUGUCGGUUCCGACAAGAGCUUUGUCCUCUACGAUCUCUCUACUCUGAAGCGCGUCUCUCGCGUGUACACCGACUCCUCACUCACGACUUGCAAAUUCCACCCAGAUGGCCACUUCUUGGCGGUGGGCACUGUCUCUGGCGAGAUCCGGGGAUUCCUGACCAAGACGGGAGAGCAAGCGACCAGCUUCGACCUGGGUGCUCCCAUCCAGGCACUUACCUUCUCGGAGAACGGGUACUGGAUUGCAGCAACGGCCAAGGGCCAGUCGACGGUGACCAUCUUGGACCUGCGCAAGGAGGGCGCGGCGGCCACGGCCAAGGUGUUGGACACGGGCAGCUCGGUAGUCGCUCUGGACUGGGACUACACAGGACAGUACCUGGCCACGGUCGGGCCGGCAGGGAUCACGGUGCAGCAGUACGCCAAGAGCUCCAAGAAGUGGACGCAGCCCGUGGCCAGCGCCACGCCCGGAGUGAGCGUGAGGUGGGGUGCCGAAGCGAAGAAGCUGGUCUCUGUCAGCUCGGAGGGCGUUGUUUCGAUACUGGGUGUCAAGGAGUAG